GUGGUGUUCAGAAGUCCUUGGAUAAUUAUAUUCAACAUGUUCAUCUUCACUCUUUUACAUUAGUUAAUAAGAAAACAGUGAGAGUGAGUGACAGAAGGAAAUAUUAAAGACAAGAAAACAAGGGACAGUGUUUGUUUCUCAGUGGUCAGAGACUGUUUCUUCCUCUGUGGUGUUAACUCAGUCAAGACUGAGAUGUUUGAGGUUCAGUGAAGAGAAACAGUCAGUAUCAUGUGCUCCUUUAAACUGGAAUGGCUUUGAAUGAGAGUUAAUGCUCUACGUGAAGAGGAAAACGUGGAGACAUUUCAGAGUCCUGUCCCUCAUCACCUUGUUUUACUCAAAUGAACGUAACCUUUGAUUAACAAACGGAGGCCAGCCGUCAGCAGAUAUGACCGACAACGUGAGCUCCAGAAUCGACACCCCGACCAACAUCUCUCUGAGCCCCAGCGUGGCCGUCUCUGAGUUAUUAGAGUACAAGACGGUGUCGGUGUUCUUGGUCCUGCUGGUGUGUGGUGUAGGCAUCGUGGGCAACAUCAUGGUGGUCCUCGUGGUCCUAACCACGCGCCACAUGAGGACCCCCACCAACUGUUACCUGGUGAGCCUGGCCAUCGCUGAUCUGACGGUGCUGGUGGCAGCGGGGCUGCCCAACGUGUCGGACAGUUUGACGGGCACGUGGGUUUUUGGUCACGCCGGCUGCUUGGGGAUCACCUACCUUCAGUACCUGGGCAUCAAUGUGUCCUCCUGUUCCAUCACUGCCUUCACCGUGGAGAGGUACAUAGCUAUUUGCCAUCCAAUGAAGGCUCAGACAGUGUGCACAGUGUCCCGAGCCAAGCGGAUCAUCGCUGGGGUUUGGAUCUUCACCUGUGUCUACUGCAUGCUAUGGUUUUUCCUGGUGGACAUUCAGGUCAGCCAGGAUGGACAUGUGCAGUGUGGCUACAAAGUGAAACGGGAGCUCUACCUGCCCAUCUACCUCAUCGACUUUGCCAUUUUCUAUGUCAUCCCGCUGCUCCUUGCCAUCGUGCUGUACAGCCUGAUAGCACGAAUCCUCUACCUCAGCCCUUUGCCCAACCAUCCUGACACCAGCGCCACCACCCUGCGGCGGAGUUGCAGGGAAACCCCUGAAGCAGGGAAGGGGAGUCGCCAGGGCCGGCCAAAGGCCGUGCUUUCCUCCAGGAAACAGGUGACCAAGAUGCUGGCAGUGGUGGUGAUCCUGUUUGCUCUCCUCUGGAUGCCCUACAGGACUUUAGUUCUGAUCAACUCUUUUGUGUCCACACCUUAUCUGAAUGCCUGGUUCCUCCUGUUUUGUCGGACUUGCAUCUAUGCCAACAGUGCUAUAAACCCUGUCAUAUAUAACGCCAUGUCUCAGAAGUUUCGCUCUGCAUUUCGUGGGCUUUACCGUUGCCAGCGACCAGAGGGAAAUCAGAGGACACUGUCGACAAUCCAGAGUGGCCUCAGCACCGUCCGAGACCCCUGCACCUCCCAGGCCAGCAGCAAUGGAACCAAUGAAAAGGCAAGGAGAGCCAUUCUGAAUAUUGCAACUGAUACGAGCACAAAGCAGAGUGGAAGCAGCCAUCAGGAGACAGUCAAUGUCCAGAAAGAGCAUCCCACUGACAUCAACUCAGACACUUUCAGCUUUGAUGUUGGUCCAACUGGUGAUUUGGAUUUGGAUCAGCCUUCCCCAAAAGAUACCACAGUGAAUUUUACAUGCAGAGAUAUAACAAAUGAUAAACAGGAAAAAAUGUAAAUAUUUAGAAUUUUGCACCAAAAUUUGACAACAACAGCAACAAAACUAUUCAACUGAGAUGUUUCCAUGCGGUCAGAAAACAGCUGAUGACAAGAGAAGAAACCUAACCCUGCCUCGACCUCUGAAGUCAUGUGUAAAUAGGUUGAAAGAUGAUGAGUAAUAUACA